CGCAUUUACCCCUUUGUCCCGCUCCCUGGGAUCACUCUCCCCACAAGUCCUCAGCUCCAUCCUCUUCUUUCUGAGAGUGAGAACCCCACUCUGAAAGCUGCGACCUCCUGCCAAACCCCACAAGUCCAUAAAACCUGCCUGAGGCGGCCCCGCCCUGCCCCCUUCCAGCUGUGCCUGCCCCUCACGCCCUCCCGGCACACAGAUUCUCUGUCCACCCGGCCAGGGAUGUGGGCGGGGGCUGGGGAGGGGCCAGAGUCGGAAUGAAAGGGCCUUUUUCUUCCACAGCUGGGAGAACAGCUGCCACCAAAGCAAGACUGGACACUCUGUGCCUAGAGACCCCUCUGCAGCUGGUCUCCCUUCCUGGGACCCUGCUCAUUCUCACCUCGCUUUCCUCCCCUCCCAUGCCUGGCUCCCACCAGGGCCCUGGAACAGUGGUAGGCAAGGAAGGUUUGUCCCAGCAGCCCGAGGGGUGUGAAAGGAGCGCAGAGGGACAGGGGCAGCCUCUGCCCUCCGCCCACUCUUUCAAGACCAGGGGAGCAGCGGGAGGAGGAAUUGUGGAGCAGCGUGGAAACUGCCCAGCACCCCCCCUCUGGAGGGGUCCACAGGGGAAGGGACACUGGGGGCACAGAGAUGCAGGACAGAUUGCACAUCCUGGAGGACCUGAAUAUGCUCUACAUUCGGCAGAUGGCGCUCAGCUUGGAGGACACAGAGUUGCAGAGAAAGCUGGACCAUGAGAUCCGGAUGAGAGAAGGGGCCUGCAAGCUGCUGGCAGCCUGCUCCCAAAGAGAACAGGCUCUAGAGGCCACCAAGAGCCUGCUGGUGUGCAACAGCCGCAUCCUGAGCUACAUGGGCGAGCUGCAGCGGCGGAAGGAGGCGCAGGUGCUGAGGAAGACUGGCCGGCGGCCUUCAGAUAGUGGGCCACCUGCUGAGCGCUCCCCUUGCCGAGGCCGCGUCUGCAUCUCUGACCUCCGGAUUCCACUCAUGUGGAAGGACACAGAAUAUUUCAAGAACAAAGGCGACCUGCACCGCUGGGCUGUGUUCCUGCUGCUGCAGCUAGGGGAACACAUUCAGGACACAGAGAUGAUCCUGGUGGACAGGACCCUCACAGACAUCUCCUUUCAGAACAACGUGCUCUUCACCGAGGCAGGGCCAGAUUUUGAACUACGACUGGAGCUGUACGGAGCCUGCUUGGAAGAGGAGGGGGCCCUGGCUGGAGCCCCCAAGAGGCUUGCCACCAAACUCAGCAGCUCCCUAGGCCGCUCCUCUGGGAGGCGUGUCCGGGCGUCACUGGAGAGUGCGUCGGGUUCGGGGAGCGGUCCCAUUCUGCUCCCCACCCCAGCUGUGGGUGGUCCUCGUUAUCACCUCUUGGCUCACACCACGCUCACCUUGGCAGCAGUGCAGGAUGGGUUCCGCACACACGACCUCACCCUCGCUAGCCAUGAGGAGAACCCCGCCUGGCUUCCCCUCUAUGGUAGCGUGUGUUGCCGCCUGGUGGCUCAGCCUCUCUGCAUGACUCAGCCUACCGCCAGUGGUACCCUCAGGGUGCAGCAAGCUGGGGAGCUGCAGGACUGGGCGCGAGUGCAUGGAGUCCUGAAAGGCACAAGCCUCUUCUGUUACCGGCAACCCGAAGACGCAGACACUGGGGAAGAGCCGUUGUUUACUAUUGCCAUCAACAAGGAGACUCGAGUCCGGGCAGGGGAGCUGGACCAGGCUGCAGGCCGGCCCUUGACCCUGAGCAUCAGUAACCGGUAUGGGGAGGAUGAGGUGACACACACCCUUCAGACAGAGAGCCGAGGAGCCCUGCAUAGCUGGAUGGAGGCUUUGUGGCAGCUUUUCUUUGACAUGAGCCAGUGGAAGCAGUGCUGUGAUGAAAUCAUGAAGAUUGAAACCCCUGCUCCCCGGAAACCACCCCAAGUACUGGCCAAGCAGGGGUCCUUGUACCAUGAGAUGGCUAUUGAGCCGCUGGAUGACAUCGCAGCGGUGACAGACAUCCUGGCCCAGCGGGAGGGCACAAGGCUGGAGACACCCCCACCCUGGCUAGCAAUGUUUACAGAACAGCCUGCCCUGCCUAACCCCUGCUCACCUGCCUUAGUGGCCCCAGCCCCAGCUCGGACCCACCCCAUGCCCUGGGGGCGACCCCGAACAUUCUCCCUGGAUGCCAUCCCCCCAGACCACUCCCCUGGGGCUUCCCGCUCCGUUGCCCCUCUCCCCCAGCAGCGAUCCCCAAGAUCCAGAGGCCUCUUCAGCAAAGGCCCACCCCGCACUUGGCUCCAGUCACCAGUCUGAGAGAGAAAGGUGCUGGCCGCAGGAUCUGGCCAGAGGAAGAGACAACCUACAAGCAGCUGGGCUCCGGGUGCGGCGCUGUCGGC